AUGAGCGAGCACGGAAACAACAACAACCCAGAGACGCUGCUCAACAGCAGCAGCACCACCGCCAGCGGCCGGCCGUUUCACGCCGAAUCUGGGCGCGGCGGGGAAUCUUGUGGCCGAGGAGAACCGGCCCACUCGCUGCAGUCGGACGUGCCCACCAUCAACUCGGGUCUGGCCAAUAUGGAUGUCAGCAGCAACAGCAACACAAACCUGGUGUCUCCCGAGGCGCUGGCAGACAAUGAUGACGACAAAUUCGUGCGGUCGGCAGCAGAGUACUCGCGGACCACAGUGGAGCGGGCUGCCAUGGCCAAGCUCAAGCUGGAGAACUUUUACAAGGAUCUGAUGAAGCAGUGCAUUGAUCGCAAUGACCGGCGCAAGGACCUCGAGGAGCGGCUGAUAAGCGACAGCGGAUCAUCAGAGGAGCGCAAGCAGCGCCAGCUGCAAGGCCUGGGUGCCAAGGAAGGCAGCUUUAUGCGGCUCCGACGCACCAGGCUUGGGGUUGCAGACUUCCAGACGGUAAAGGUCAUUGGCCGCGGCGCGUUUGGCGAGGUGCGUCUGGUGCAGAAGCGAGACACGGGCAAAAUCUUCGCCAUGAAGGUGCUGCGCAAGAACGACAUGAUUAAGAAGGACCAGCUGGCGCACGUCCGCGCUGAGCGCGAUGUGCUGGCCGAUUUCCUGCCCGGCGGCGACCUCAUGACUAUGCUAAUCAAAUAUGACAUCUUCCCCGAGGACGUGACCCGCUUUUAUAUGGCUGAAUGCGUGCUGGCCCUGGAGGACGUGCACCGCCUGGGCUUUAUCCACCGCGACAUCAAGCCCGACAACAUCCUGAUUGACGAGGACGGCCAUAUCAAGCUGUCGGACUUUGGCCUGUCGACCGGGUUCCACCGCCAGCACGACUCGUCGUACUACCAGCGGCUGCUGGACAACAUUCACAAGGAACACCCCGAGGACAAACCCACCGACGCUGCACCCAGCAGCAACUCGACGAGCCAGCAGUCGGCAGGAGAGACCAUGCGGCGCGAAAUCACACUGACGCUGUCGAGCAAGGAGAAGCUAGGCUACAUGGAAGAAGAACCGGCGCCAGCUUGCAUCUUCAUGCAGCAGGGCUAUGGCAAGGCGUGCGACUGGUGGUCGCUGGGCGCAAUCAUGUUCGAGUGCCUGGUCGGAUAUCCGCCGUUCUGCAGCGAGUCGUCGCACGACACAUACCGCAAGAUCAUGCACUGGCGCGAGUCGUUGGUGUUCCCCGACGACGUACGCCUGAGCCCCGAGUCGGUACAUCUGGUGCGCUCGCUGCUGUGCGACCAGCAGCACCGCCUGGGCCGCAACGGUGCGUGGGAGCUGAAGCAGCACCCGUUCUUUGCUGGUGUCGACUGGGCAUCGCUGCGCACGCGCACCCGCCCGCCAUGGAUCCCGCCCCUGUCGUCCAUCACCGACACGUCGCACUUCCCCACCGACGAGAUCGACCAGAACACGUCCCCGUUCGACAACAUGGUGGCUGCCGAGUCCGAGCCCCAGAAGGACCUGGCCUUCGUUGGAUACACAUACAAGCGCUUUGACAUGCUGACGCGCAAGAACGCCGUCUAA